AAGAUGCCGUUCCACCAUGUGACGGCGGGCCUGCUGUAUAAAGGCAACUACCUGAGUCGCUCACUCUCAGACAGCGACAGCGACGUGCUGGCCAGCAUCUCCAUGGAGGAACUUCACGAGAUCCGGGAGGCCUUCAAGGUUCUUGACCGCGACGGGAACGGUUUCAUCUCCAAGCAGGAGCUGGGAAUGGCCAUGCGCUCCCUGGGCUACAUGCCCAGUGAGGUGGAGCUCGCCAUCAUCAUGCAGAGGCUCGACAUGGACGGUGAUGGCCAGGUGGACUUUGAGGAGUUUAUGACCAUCCUGGGCCCAAAACUUCUCUCUUCUGAAACAAGAGAAGGUUUCCUGGGAAGCACCAUAGACACCAUCUUCUGGCAGUUUGACAUGCAGAGGAUCACGCUGGAGGAACUCAAACAUGUCCUCUUCUACGCCUUCCGAGACCACCUGACCAUGAAGGACAUUGAGAACAUUAUCAUCAACGAGGAGGAGAGCCUCAAGGAGAACGCGGGGAACUGUCAGACCGAAUUUGAAGGAGUCCACCCGUCGAAGAAGAACCGGCAAACAUGCGUGAGGAAGAGUCUAAUCUGCGCCUUCGCAAUGGCGUUCAUCAUCAGCGUCAUGCUGAUCGCAGCCAAUCAGAUGCUGAGGAACGGCAUGGAGUAG